GUAGCCAGAAACCAGUUGCAGAACAGAACAGUGAACUCCGGUAGUCAGUCUGACAUUUCGAGGCUUUUUAAAACCGAGCUACACAAAGCUUCUUUUGUUCAGUAGCUUUUGAUUCUCGAACUCGACAACAACGCAUCGCUUGUCGCUUCAAUCCGAAGGCCAAACAAAGCUUGCAGAAUAAAGAAAAAAUGGCUGGGAAAAUAUCAAUUGUCGCAGCACUGAUGGUAUGUAUUGCUGGCGUUCACAGCCAUACAUACUACCUGGGCUCGUGUCCUCGAGUUGAGCCAGUCAAUGAUUUUGACAUGUCAAAGUUUCUUGGGCGCUGGUACGUCAUCCAGAAAUUUUCCACUGCUUCGUCUUGCUGGACAUACGAUUUUAUUCGCAAUAAAACCGACGACUCACUGAAAAUUGUACAGUCACGCGAUCAUGUCGCUCUGGAUACCAUUGGUCUAGACAACAACUAUCGUUACACCGGAGCACUAGAUGUACCCGAUUUGAACCGACCAGGCUUUAUGCGUGUGCGUUUUCCUAUGAGUUUGGCAGGCAAGGCUGACUACGUCGUUUUCGCAACGGAUUACGAAAACUACGGAGCUGUUUACAGUUGUCAAAGCAUUUUGUUUGGCCAUCGUCGUUCUGCUUCCAUCCUCUCCCGUCGCCCGACCUUGGACCAACCUUUCAUCAAUAAGAUUCGCUCAAAACUGGAAACCUUUGGAGUUGAUCCUCACGACUUCUCCAUUAUCGAUCAUACCGAUUGCAAGACUCUCCCCUCCACAAGCCUGCUGAACGUCGAAGUCAAUCCAAAUACUUUCAGUACCGGAAAUGUCAUCAAUGUCGCCAAGGAUGUCGGAAAAACCGUUGUUAACGGUGUCGUUGAUGUCGCGCAAGGAGUUGGAACAAUCGUUAAUCGUUUAGCAAAUUCCACUGUUAAUUCUUCCAGCAAUGCAAUCAGAGAAGUCGAGCACGUCACCGCUGGAAACCGUCCAAACGAAUCGGAAAACUUGUAGAACUAAAAGACAAAAAAUGAAUUGUCUAUUUUUGAUUAAUGGACUAUAUUAAAUUCUUCUCGACUUUUUUUCAAUAAUUCCCCUUUGAACGUAGAGUAGCCUAGGCCUAGAUUUAAAUUUGAUGACCCUUUUUUGCUAAAUUACACUCAUAAACUAGUCUCUGUGUAUCGACCAUCCGCAAUAACUGAAAUAAAAAGUACGUGCAAUCAUAA